AUGUUUCGUGCAAAACACGGAAUCGAAAGUCCUUUAGCAUAUUCGAUAGCUUCAUGUAAACGUCCAUGUCGGGCUUUGUGUUUGUGUUGUCAACAAUAUUUAUGCCGUGAUCAUCUGAAAGAGCAUGAUGAUUUAAUCGAUGCAAAACUUCCACCAUUAGUCGAUCAAAUCAAUACACUUUCGGAUCAACUGAACAAAGGAACUUCACUCGAAUCAUCUUGUAUUACUGCUCUGAAUCAAUGGCGUGACAAUGCCCAUAGGACAGUGGAUCAAUUUUAUGAAAGGAAACGUCAGCAAUUCGAAGAGCUUAUUCAAGAGAAAAGAAAUAGACAGAAACAAGAAGUUAUUCACAUAGGAUCCAAUGUGAGCGAACUGAUUCGGGGACAAGAGGCCACAAAAGAGCAGAUCGAUUCAAUCACUGAUUAUGUUCGAAUUCUCGAACAAGACAUUAAUAAAUUUGAACAGAAUCAAUUCGUCCUUACUCCGUUGGUAAUUGAUGACAGCCUAAUUUCGAUUCGACAGGAUGCUGCGUCACAUGGGCUUUUGUCUUCGACAACGAACAGUGCCGAUUCCAUAUUGAGUAGUGGCAACCAUCCAUCGGCACGUCAAAAACGUAAUAUCGGUACUGCAGAUAAUGUUUUUUCAAAAUCGAUCAAGCUGAAUAGAUGGGAAAUUGAAGAACAAACUGGAAUUACGGAUACCAUGCGAAUAAAUAUAUUGAGCAUAAUAAGCACUACGAUGGAUACACAUGAUCGAUCAGCAACGAAGGCAGUAGCGAGAGAUGUAAAAAAUUGGCUCGAUGGAACUUAUGGAAAAAGUUGGACAGUGGAAAUUUAUGAUAAACAGGAACAUCAGCCACAGCGUAAUAUUACGAGUUCAAAAUAUUUCCAGGUGAAAGAUACAAAAUUCGGAUGGACUAUUUUAAUGUUUAAAUAA